CUGAAGGCCGUUUUGGCUCAAUCCGCUGCGGUCUCUUAGUUGCUGUGCUUCGACCCCGCCGAUUCUUCGCACCCACAAGGAAUGGCAUCCCGACGUAAGCCAUUCUGCAAACAAGACGCCGAAAGGCUCUUGGGGUCAUCGUUGCAGGAGGGCGAAGACCUUUUGGAAGAGUGGGACAAACUGGUGCACCCCGUCGAUGCCGACCGUGAUGUGUGGUUCAAGCUGAAGCAUGGCAAAGCCACAGAGAAGAAGCUUACGCAGAUGGCGACGCAGAAAACUCACGACACUAAUUUCUGCAGUGCCCGACGCCGGUUGCAAGAGAAGAUCAAGCGGGUUAAGAAGCAGGCGCAACAGUGGAAGGACCAGCUUUGCUCGCAAGGGCCUGAGGAGGGGGACCUGGUCACGCGAUAUUGGGAGUUUUCGGAGAAGGUAGAUUCUGCAGGUGUGUUCAAGACCGUUCGGGCCGCAGAUGCUAUCGUGGCCCAGAAUGAUGCGAGCCCCGAAAAACAACGACAUGUCGCUUGGGUAUGUAAGGCUCUCGACUCCUUGCGGGAGCAGUCUGAGCGCAUGGACAGUGAGUUCUGCAGCCUUCGAGGUGGCAACGCGUCUCUUGAAAAUGACGAGCUCGACGACAGGGCUUCUGCAGCGGAGACCCUGCGGCUCAAGCUCCAGAAGCACUCUUGGCACACAUGUUGUCUCGAAGCUCUUCUUCGGGAGCUGCACGUCCAUGGGCCAGCCCUGGCCUCAGAGGAAAAGCUCGAUGAGGUACGGGCCAGUGUAGAAUCAUAUGUAGAGGAGGCCUGCGGUGCAGAGGCAGACGACUUCGUUGUACGGUUCUUCUACGAUGAGGGUGCCCACGCUUACAUGGAUUUGAAUCUCCCCAUCGAGCACGUUGGUGCUGGUGACUGCCUCGAUGCCCAAGAACAGCAGCAAGACUUCGAGGCCACCGGUCAGGUGGGAGAAUGCAUGCGGGGGACCUUCCAGGGCUGGCACCGCGAAGAGGAUCGGGGGGAUUGGGGCUUCAUCGUGGCCUCCGACGACCCGGACGGGCAGCUGUUCGUGCACCGCAGGUACUGCGAAGCGGAGCUGGUAAAGGGGGAGGAGGUCUGCUUCGAGCUGGGCCAGGACGACCGCGGACGCUGGGCAGCUCUGCAGGUGAGGCCCGCGGCGGACCAGGAGGGCCAGGUGGCGGAGGGUGGCCCCCUCGAGGGCGAGGCCCGGGAGCCGGCCCGCGAAGGCGCCGGCGGCGCCCCGGCGGCCAGGCCAGUCGCAGCCUGCGAGCGGGGGCGCGCGAGGUCCGGCAGGGAGCUGCCGGAGGGCAGCGCCAAGCCCAGGUCGUCCUCGCAUCCCGCGAGGCGUUCGCGCAGCUCCGCGCCGCAGGCACAGAGGCCGCGCUCUCAGUCCUGCAAGCAGCGCCCCGAAAUUGCGGAGAGGCUGAACUCGCUGAGGAGCCAGACCAAGCAGGUGCUGCAGUGUUGCAAGGCUGCCGAGCACGGGGUCCUGUUCGAUCGGUUCCUCCAGGAGUUCAAGAAGAAGUGUGGCAUCGCCGUCGACCCGGGCAGGUUCGGCAAAACCAAAGUGGUGCACGUGUUCGAGGAGUUGUCCGAUGUUGUCCGGCUCUACCGUGACGAAAAACAGACCUUGCUGUAUCGUAGGCCUUUGCCUCCUGGAGCGGAUGCAGGCAUCAUUGAGCCCAUGGAGUUGUUCAUAUCCAAAGCGUUACCCAUUCAAGACGUUGACCGAGAGCGGAUCGUUCAGCAAGGCUUCAGUGCACGCACCUUUGGGGAUACGAGCCAGAUACUGCAAUUCUGGAGCGAUUUGGAUCACAUGCGCCAGAAGCCACAUGUGGUCAUAUUUGCUCCUACAGGACAGGAUAUUGAUCUCAGUGGCGUGGCGUCCAGGUUGUCAGGCUCUGUCAUAAUCUGGAUAUCCGAGGAUGCUGGCUACAAAGACCUUGCCGAGGGCAGCCGCAGUCGCUGUGUCCAGUCCGUCCAAGCCGCAAUCGCCUUGCUGAGGAGCACCGCACAGGCAAAGGCGGCUGGAGAUGGCAUAGCGGUGCAAGUCCCCGAAGCCCCUGACAGCGACUGCGGCCGUAUCCGUGCGCGGCAGAGCCACCGGGCCAGGAGCACGUCUCGAGCUCCGAAGAGCGCUCCUCCCCCCGAGGCGCAGAUGUGCUCUGCGGUGCCACAGGGAGCCCGAUCUGACGAGGGCACGGCAGAUCAGGACGGCCAGGCAGAUGUCCAAGCAGGGCCGGCAGCCCAGACGGCCGAGGAGGCCCCGCAGAGCGGGACCAUCGCGUGCGCCGCCGACCGGGCGCAAGCCAGCCCGGACAGUGGGCAGGGCCAGGUUGAUGAGGAUGGCGGGCACAGCCAGCCCGUCGCCGACAGCGUGCGGAGCCAGGUCGUGGCGGGCGGUGCGCAGUUCUGGCCCGCAGCGGCCGUCGACACGGGCAGCGCGCAGUUUACGUUCAUCCUUCUUUUCCUGCCUCGAUCAUCAACAGCCAACCAACGCCGCCUGCCCUGGUCAUGGAGGAUUUCCAAGGGCCUGCCCUGCAGUGCCUCUUCGCGGUGCAUGGAUUCGGCGGCGUGGCCGCGGUGCAGAGGGCCCUCAGCGAUUUGCUGCACGUGGUGUCGGGCAAGCGCAGGUCCGACAUCACAGACUGCCCGGCGUUCCGGGUUGGCCCUCCCCGACCAUCUCGAGCGAUUGUUGCCUUGCACAGCUCAGGCAGAGGCGCAACUUGGCUCAAACACGGUGAAUGUCCCAAGUUCUGCCCCGAUUUACGUCGGGGGCGAUCCUUGGAGCCAGGAGCCAGACCCGUGGAGCAGAUCCCGGCAGAGCAGCAUGCCGUUGCCAAAGCACCCUCCACCUCCGCCUCCGAUUAGGCUUGCCUCUGCCUCUGGUCCGGCCUGCCCUCCGGGGCUGGGAGGUGCAGCGGAGUGGGUUACGUACGAUCGGACGGUGCGCGAAGACGUCGUCCGCAUUGACCAGCUCAAGUAUACUCAGUACAACAUCAACAGCACCUUUUCGGACGGCAGAGAAUUCGAUACGCUGAUUGCCCAGCUGGACAGCGGUGAGAUCGACCCGAUGAAGGCACGUUUUCUCAGACUGGAGGUUGUGAAAGUCUAUGGAGGCCAGGGUGAGUGCACUCUCUUCUGCAACGACAACCGGCGGCUGUACUGCCUGAAGGAGCACGCGCGCCGACAGGCGAAGCCGGUCUGCAUUCGAGCGGAAAUUCAUCCGUGGAAUGGUCCAUCGACGGACGCAGCGUGCGGGCGGUUCGCGGAGAGGUUCAACACCAGGAACGGCGGCGAGGGCAUCGCAAUUCGGGGCAAACGUCGGGAGUCGGACUCCGUGGCGCCCGCGGGCGCGCUGCCGGGCGCAGGGCACCCCCACCCUCGCCGCUCGAGUUCCGUGGCCUUCGAGUGCGCGCAGGCCCCGCAGGCUGCGCAUGGGAUCGACAGGGUUCGCAGUCAGAGCCGGGCCCGCUUCGACGUCCUCCCGGAGUGCCCGCGUUCGGAGCGCGCGGGCAAAGGGCGCUCGGACGGCGCGGCGCACGGCGGAGGCCCCCGCGCCAGGGCGGCGUCCGCGGCGGGCCCGCGCCUCGAGGCCUGCCCGGAGCAGGCGCGGGCUCGCGGCAGCGGCAGGCAGCGGGCGGAAGUUUCUUCGAUCGACUCGCCGGGCGCGGUCGAGCUGGCCGGCGAUGCCAGUGCCGAGCGGAUCGCUGCGAAGAGCGACGCGUCCUUGGACGUCUUCGAGGCAGAUCGGCCCGCGACGAAGCUGCAGCAGCCUGGCGCCGCGGACAGCGUGGCGCGCCCACGCACCCCGCCGUCGCCAUCCGAGGCGUCUACGAGGGCGCCCACCCACAGCGCGUUUGGUAGCGCGCCGUCGUCGCCGUGCAGCUCCAAGGAAGCCGUCGGCGACACCGACAUCUCGAGCGGCGUUGAGAGAGCGCCUUGUGCUACGGGUCCGAUCGCGGACUUGCGAGACAUCAUCUCGUGGAGGAAGCAGGGCCUACUCGACGACAUGGAGUUCGCUGCAGCCAAAAGAAUCGCGCUGGGCUUGCCGAUGUAGCGUAAUUAGGCUCCUGUCACGGGCCGAUUCCGAUAGUUCUCGAUGAGAAAUGCGGAGAGUCGCCCCGUCAAUGUCUGCCGAACCUGCCUUCAGGCUGCUAGUUUGCGAAGGCGGUCGCAGGUUGUCGGCUAGCGUUUCAAGCUCGCCCCUCUCGGAUAGGAGGGUACAGUCCCGCUGGGAGGGCAGCGUAGAAGCGCUUUGUUGAAUGGCAGCGCCAUUCGUGUCCUUAUGUUCGAUACACUUUCUGGCGUCCGGUCCCUUACCCUGCCCCUGCCCGGUUCUCUGGUGCUCUGCUGUGGACGCGCUGUCAUGUCUACACCCUGCAUCUUGCCCCAGCGUCCUCUGCCCAACCGCCUCCGCAGUUCCGGCUGAUCAUAGGCCACAUGAUCGUCUACGCCUUUCUGGCGAAUGAUCAGAUGUCCCGACUACCCGUUUCAAGGUUGCAGUCUGCAGCCAGCAUGCCUGCACAGCCUUUCUGUCUGCGCGGGCGCGGGCGCGGGCGGUCCGCACCCGCGCGGCUGCCUGCGGCGCGGGCCAGGACUUCCGGGCGCCUGGUGGAGAAAA